UAAGUGCUAAUCUGGCAAUUUCACGCACAUCUAUGUCUCGGUUUGCAGAGAAUGAUCUGAAAAGGAUUAAAAAAAACUCCAGUGGGUAGUGAUUCUCUGGGCAGUAGUGCUAUGUUGAUGACAGAGGACAGAGACCGGACUGGUUUGAGCAAAAGAGGGGCAACAGUUACUCAAAUAACCCAUACAAGCAAGGUAUGUAGAAGAACAUCUUGGAACCAACAACACCUUCAACACUGAAUCAGAUGACCCAUAUUGUGUGCUACUUCUGUCUGCUAAGAACAGGAAACUGAACCCACCAUGCACAAAGGCUCACUAAAACUGGACAACGGAAGAUUGAAAAAACAUUGCCUGCAUCUGAUGAGUCUCCAUUUCUGCUGCAACAUUCAGAUGGUAGGAUCAGGACUUAACAGCAUGAAAGUAAGGCUCCAUCCUGCCUGGUAUCAACACUUACAGCUGGUUUUGUUGCUGUCACAAGUUCUGGAGUGCUUUCUUGGCACACCUCACCUUAGUACCAACUGUGCAUCAUUUAAACAUUGCUGACCAUCUCUUUAUAAUCAUUAUUUCAGUGGUGGAUUACAAACUAUGUUACUACCCUGGUGACCACAACUUCACCAGUGUGUCAGUUGCUUUGUGGUAAUUUGAUUUAUUGGUAAUUUGACAGAGAAUUUACACCAUCAAGAUCAACUAUGGUCACAUCAAGUCCCUGUGCUGUAAAGUCGUCCAAUGGCAAAACCUAAUUUUAAGAGAUUAAGUAUCUUAGUUUAUAUUGCGGUAGCACAUAGAGUUAUAACUGUUCCCUCAUAUGUAGAUUUAUCAAUCAAAAGAAAAUUAAUGAGGAAAAUUUGAUAACCCCUAACCCGAUAUAAAGAUGUUCCAUUAAAAUUAUCACAACAUGACUCCACUAAAAUAGUAACAAAAAAAACAAAACAAAACUGAGGGCCUGUAGACAUUUUAGUUUCUGGGUUUUUGACCUGUAACUCAGCUGCUGUCCUGUAUAUCGUCAUGUGUCAGUGCUUAUUUAAAUGGUAACUUUGGUGCCACAGAAAACUGGCACUAAAAUUAAAAGACCAGGGUGGAUCCUGCAGGAGGCAACUUCCUAGGAAGAUGUUAAUUAAGCUGCGCAUCUAAACAAACUCUUGAUCAUGAGGACUGAUCUUCGACCACCAGCAUGAUCUGUCGUUCAUUGCAAUGCAACACUGCCAUCUAUGGAUAAGACCUCCAGUAGUCCGCUCUGUUUAUCCUCCUGCAUCACGUUGCCGCCUGUGUGCGUCCAGACGCAGCCGCCUGGACGCGCCUGUCAUCUGGAGGAAACUCCUCCCCGCAGACACCGCGUCCCGUCGCCUCUCCAGCGCAAUGGUCUCCUGGAUCAUCUCUAGACUUGUGGUACUUGUGUUUGGUACACUAUAUCCUGCAUACUCAUCCUAUAAAGCUGUCAAGUCAAAAGAUGUGAAGGAAUAUGUGAAAUGGAUGAUGUACUGGAUAAUAUUUGCCCUAUUCACGACUGUGGAAGUAUUUACAGAUAUGUUUCUUUGUUGGCUUCCGUUCUACUAUGAACUAAAGAUCGCCUUUGUGGUGUGGCUGCUGUCCCCUUACACCAAGGGCUCCAGUGUGCUGUACAGGAAGUUCGUUCAUCCCACGCUCUCCUCAAAAGAAAAGGACAUUGAUGAGUAUAUCUGCCAAGCGAAGGACAAAAGCUAUGACACGCUGGUGCAUUAUGGGAGAAAAGGACUGAAUGUUGCGGCCACAGCUGCAGUCAUGGCUGCAACAAAGGGCCAAGGAGUUCUAUCAGACAGACUGAGGAGCUUCAGCAUGCAGGAUCUGUCUUCCUACCAGUCUGACCCCGUUAACAGCGGCUCCGGCACCACGCAGCCUGCAGCAGCACAACACCGGACCAGAACUAUGAUGCGCAGCAAGUCAGAGAGCUACAAGGGGCAGGAUUUUGACAUGACAGAGUUUGAGGUGUUGAGGUUGGAGCAGUGGGACUCCAAGGAGCUUCCAUGCCAGACCCUCUCGACUUCCGAGUCCGAGUCCACACCCAUUACCCCCUCUGUGACGCCCCCGUCCACCCCGCCCUCCACACCCUCUCCACCUCCCACCCCUGCACCUCCGGAGCAGCCCGGCGAGGUGGAGAAGGAGGCGGCUCAGGCGGCGUCCAGCUCUCCACAGCUCAGGCUGGUUAAGAGGAAGGCUCCGGAGCCUCCUCAUAGAGUCUUAAGGCCUCUCACAAGAUCCAGGAGUGCUCUUUCUUCAAACAAUGAAGCCAUGUGAAACUGUCCUCAAGACUCCUCCAGCUGCCUUCGCUGCAAGAUGUAAAAAAUACUGAAUGGCCAAAAGCUACAUGACUGAAGCAGCCUUGCUUUGGAAUAAGGUAUUACCAAAGUGACCUAUGAUGACCCCUCUAUAUACGGUUAUAUAACCAGUGGCUCAUGAUUUUUAAAAAAAACUGAGGUUUGUGACACUGAGAUAGAAAAGGUGAGUGAAUGGGCUCCAUGCUGAUAGACACUUUGAGUUUGUGGGUUAUUGAAUAUGUAUUUAUGUACAGUAUGUGUGUACUUCAUCUUUACGAUUUUUUUGAUAUAUCAGGUCUGGGUCGGCAAUCGCAUGCGUGUCUUCCCGGUCAUUGGUCUGCUGUUGAUUAAACAGAAUGUACUGUCACUGAAAACUACAGCUGGCUCUGAGAGUGACGCUCUCGCUGUAAGAGAAUGUGAAACAAGCCAAGGAUCAAAACAAAAGGCGAGGCUGUUUGAUUGAAUCUGGUCACAUUUGUGGGCAUUUUUUUUUUUUCCCUGCCCCGAUUACUUAUCACAUCUGAGAAGUUACCUAAAAGCAUUUAAUGGCAAGACAGCCUGUAUUUGCAGUAAUGAGAAGUCAGACAGCAGUGACAGACACUUUUCUGUUAUUUACCUCUCUCUCUUCAAGCCUUAAAGAAAGAGACAGCAGAGACGUAAAUGACUCUUCACGUGGUAUUUUCAACACAAUGUUGUCAUUAAACAAUCACUUUGCACUAUGCUUAGAAUAUAAACGACUGCCGUCAAUGCUCUGAAAUGGCCAAAAAUUAGACAAAUUAGUAGCGGAACACUCUCAUUGGUCACUUUAUUGCUAUUUCUGUGGUGACAAAGAAAUAAUUACUUCUUAACAAGUAAGAAUAUCUCUAUCACAGAUAAAAGAGAGAAAAAUAUCACCACAUAAGAGGUUUUCUCACUGGAGCAGACUGUUUUUGACAAUCUACUGUUCAGUUUCGUGGCGCGCUUUGUCAUUUAUUUCAUAAAUUAUUUGGCAACGUAAGGCCGAUUAGGGACGAGUCACUUUUAGGUGUAGCAGGAAUGGGUUAUUACAUGAGUAAAUAUUUACUGUAUAGAAACAUGGUCCUUUCUCCAUGUUUGAAAUCACUGUGUAAUGUUCUGUUGUUAACUGAGCAACACUAAACCCAACGCUCUUACCUUUACUUGCUUCUGCUAUUUUUUUAAGGAAUUCAUGAGAGUGAAUAUAUUGGUUUGCAGGUUUACAAACUUCUAUAUAGGUAAAUAGUGCGUAGCAAUGCGUUGUAUCUUGUCAGCCUGUACUUUAUUGACUGAGCCUGAAACUUGGCAACGAUGUACACAAAACAUCGCUGUGUCGGUCGCUGAUAGGUGGACUCGCGCACUAGAUUUUCCGUCGUAUCUGUAUCAUUUAUGGUGGUUUUAAGUUUGAAACAGAAGCUUCUCAGGUACAACAGUUCUGUUUACACGUCAUUCACUCUGAUGUUGUAGAUACACUUAUUAUGCACAUGAAAUGUCCUUUUAAUGGAUAAAUGGUCGGGGGGGGGGCAGGAAAAAUCUAAUUAUCUGUUUAGUGGUAUCAGUGUUAGUGCUGGAGUUGAUUUCCUUUGAUUAAAAUUCUUGCAAAGUAAAACUGAGGAAAAAAAACACACAUUGCUAAGUUGCAGAUUUGUAUACUUGUGUGUAGAUUGAUAAACUCAUCACUGCAUGAUGUUUGUUAUUAAUUAGUAUGAAAAAUUUCAUUUCUUAAGUGAUUUUGUGUGAAGCUGUUGGCCUCUUCAGACGCCCUGCUGAUGAACAGUGAAUUCUGUUUUUGUUACUUUUGGCUGCUUUCAAAGAACAUUAAAUGUCAUGACCAUCAGUUGGCUACACAUACCCACAAAUUAAAUGUCUUAUUUACUGAUAAAUCGGCCACUUAAGGCUUUAUUCAUGAAGAGACACCGCGAUUCUUUCUAACUUAUCCUAAGCAUUUUUUUUCUGGCAGGCCAGAAUGUCAAAUUUGAACUUGAUUGUGAAUUAUAAAACAAAAAGCAGUGAUGUGAUCACAUAAUGGUUUAUGACUAUCAAUUUAGUGUUUCACUGGUUUAAGUAUUUCUGUUGGUUAAAAUCAAUUUACAGCCAUUAAAUAUGAAGCAAAUCUCUGA